GUUCGAUAAACCUUCUUCCAAUUCGAACGGUGUCCUAUUUUCUUACCGAUCUGUGGUUUACUUUUUCUCUUUCAUUUUCUCGGGUUUUAAAUUGGAGCCGUGGAAUUGAGGAGCGGUGCGGUGGUGAAGCUUAUGAAGCAUGAGCAUAAAUAGCCCCGGUGAAGGGGAGGAUUAGGGUUUCGAGGUUUCUAUCCCGAGGUGAGGAUUUCCAUGGGCGAAGGAGGUGUGGCGUGCAUGCCUUUGCAGCAGCAGCAGCAACAUGUUAUGGAGAGGUUGCCGAAUGCAGCGGAGAAGUCCCUUUGCGGAGGCAAGAAUGGGAAUGGGAAUGGGAACGGGUUCAGUUCUGAGUUGCUCAAGGUUACUGACAACAAGAAGAAGAAGAUGAAAGUGAAGAAGAAAGAGGCACCCGCCGCAAAGAAGGCGGGAGAUGUCAAGAGUGAAUUAGCAUCGGACAGAGUAAGCAGCAAGGAUGGCAAUGGUGUUGAGAGUGGCGAAUUAUGUGGGCAGAAGGAAGAAGUGGAAGAGGGUGAAUUGGGUACUUUGAAGUGGCCGGGGAGUGAGCUGGAGAAUGGAGAGUUUGUGCCGGAGAAGCCUCAGCCGCUGCCGAUGCGGAGGAGUGAGAUUGAGAAUGGAGAGAUUGUUAGUGAGAGGUGGAAGAAAGGGGAGGUGGAGAAGGGAGAGUUUGUUUCUGGAAAAUGGAGAAAGGAGGAUGUGGAGAAGGGGGAGAUACUUGCUGGGAAGGGUAGGAAAGUAGAAACUGAGAAAGGGGAAUAUGGGUCCUGGAGAGGUGGUAUAAAAGAUGAUGUUGAAAAGGGAGAAUUCAUUCCAGAUAGGUGGCAUAGGGGAGACAUGGGGAGGGAUGAUUAUGGUUACCAUAGAAUCCGCAGGUACCAGUCAGGUAGGGACAAAGUGUGGAAAAGUGAACGCGAGCGCACACCGCCAUCUGGGAGAUAUACAGGUGAUGAAUUCGUUAGGAAGAAGGAGUUCAAUAGAAGUGGGAGUCAGCAUGCUAAAAGUGCACCCAGGUGGGAGAGUGGACAAGAGAGAAAUAUAAGGAUAAGUUCAAAGAUUGUGGAUGAGGAGAAAAACGAACACAGCAAUGGUAGGAACCAGACACGGGAUUACUCUUCUGGAAGUCGGUUGAAGAGGCAUGGUAAUGAAUCAGACAGCUCUGAGUGGAAACAGUAUGGAGAUUAUGCCUGUUUAAAAAGUCGAAGACUUUCUGAUGAUAGCUCACGCCAUGUUUAUUCAGAGCACUAUUCUCGACCUUCUGUGGAGAGAUCUUAUAGAAAUAGUUCUUCAAAAUUAUCAGCAGACAAGUAUACUUCUAGGCAUCAUGAAUCUUCUUUGCCAUCCAGGUCAGCUUAUGAUAAGCAUGGUCGCAGCCCUGGUCAUUCUGAACGGUCCCCACACGAUCGAGCUCGGUAUUAUGAUCAUAAAGAUCGCACUCCAGUGCGUCAAUCACCAUAUAGCCGUGAGAAAUCCCCGCAUGGUCGUGAGCGAUCCCCAUAUGAUAGGAAUUGGGAUAGAAGUCGUCACCAUGAUCACAAACUGAGAAGUCCUGCUCAUGCUGAGCAGUCCCCCCAAGAUCGAGGUCGACAUCAUGACCGCAGGGACCGUACUCCAAAUUUAGUAGAGCAAUCCCCACUUGAUCGAACUAGGAAAAAUAUUCAUCGAGAAACAAGUAGUAAAACCUUAUCGACUGAAAAACAUAACUCUCAAUAUAGUUGUAAGGAUAAUGAAGAUAAACACAUCCAAAAGGAGUCAAAUAUUUCAGGUAUAGAAUCUCAAUGCAAAAGAAAUAUGCAUGAUGCCAAUGGGUCUAUUGAGAAAGAUGUCUGCAGUGAACUUGAAAAGGAACAACAGUCCUGCAGCCCGAUUGCAAGCUGCAAAGACUCUCCUUGCUUGGAGCCACCUCUUGAGGAGCUGCCUUCUAUGGAAGAAGAUAUGGACAUAUGUGAUACCCCUCCACAUGUCCCUGUGGUGGCAGAUUCGUCAUCAGGGAAAUGGUUUUACCUUGAUUAUGGUGGUGUAGAACAUGGACCUUCUAAAUUAUCUGACAUCAAGGUCCUUGUUGAUGACGGUGUACUAAUGUCAGAUCACUUUAUUAAGCACUUAGAUAGUGACAGGUGGUUAACUGUUGAAAAUGCAGCAUCACCACUUGCAGCUCAGACUUUUCCGUCAAUUGUGUCAGACACCAUAACCCAGCUGGUAAACCCUCCAGAAGCUCCUGGUAAUCUUUUGGCCGAUACUGGAGGUAUUCUUCAAUCUGGUCCUGAGCAUUAUGAGGAAAUGCCGGCCGCUUUGCUGCAGCCAAUGGUAUGCCCUGAUGACAGUGUUCCUGCAUCUGAACUGUUGGAGGACUUCCACAUUGAUGAAAGGGUUGGAGUUCUGUUAGAGGGUUAUGAUGUCAUUCCUGGAAGGGAGCUUGAGGCAAUAAAAGAAGCGUUGCAAAUGAAUUUUGAAUAUGCAAAAUGGGAGGGAUUAGAAGACCAUGAAGGUUUUCCUUGGCAUGAAACUUGCCUCAGCAUAGAGUGUGAUUCUAAAAUUGAUUUCGCUUCAAAAGAAUAUGAGUCUCAGUUAAGUAUGCCCUCUGACAAGGAUAAUGCAUUUACCCCCGGUGUCCCUGGUGACUGGUUUUCUGCUCGAUGGUCAUGCAGAGGCGGGGACUGGAAGAGGAAUGAUGAUGCCCAAGAUAGAUAUUGUAAGAAGAAGCUUGUCCUAAAUGAUGGGUUUCCUAUAUGUCAAAUGCCUAAAUCUGGGUGUGAAGAUCCUCGUUGGCCUCAAAAAGAUGACUUAUAUUAUCCAUCACACAGCAGGAGGCUUGAUCUUUCUCUUUGGGCUUUUUGUGCUGAUGAGAGGGUUGAUUGCAGUGCUAUGAGCAGACCAGGCCAAAGUAAGCUUGCUUCUGUUAGGGGAGUGAAAGGAAAUGUCCUUUCAGUGGUCAGGAUAAAUGCAUGUGUAGUCAAGGACCAGGGAUCAUUGGUCUCCGAGUCUCUCCCCAAGACCCGUGGCAAGGAUAGAAAUCAUUCAAGGUCAAGGCCUUUGUCUUCAACCAGUGAUAGCAAGAGAUCAUCAACUGAAAAAGAUUCUCUGUCAAAUACUUUUAAUGAUCAAGGUUCUCAAGGCUCAUGCAGGAGCAUGGAAUUCAUUAAUAUUCCUAAACAACAUCUUUGUACUGUCCAUGACUUACAGUUACAUUUGGGUGAAUGGUAUUAUCUUGAUGGUUCUGGGCGUGAAAGAGGGCCUUCAUCAUUUUCAGAGCUUCAGUUUUUAGUAGACCAAGGAAUUAUAAAAAAGUAUAGCAGUGUGUUUAGGAAAUGUGAUAAACUCUGGGUUCCUAUUACCCCUUCUACAGAAACUUAUGAUGUCAGUCUCAGGAGCCACAGAGAAAGCCGUUUAGUGGCUGGUGAAUGUUCUGGACGUUCAUCAACGCAAAGUCAAGGUGUUUCAUUCGGUGCACCUUACUCUAAGCCAAAUUUGUUUAACAGCUUACACCCUCAGUUUGUUGGUUAUACUUGUGGGAAGCUACAUGAAUUAGUAAUGAAAUCAUAUAAGAGCCGAGAAUUUGCUGCAGCUAUAAAUGAGGUUUUGGAUCCAUGGAUCAAUGCAAGACAGCCAAAGAAAGAAAUUGAGAAACAAACAUAUUGGAAAUCAGAAGGCGAAGCACGUUCCUCGAAAAGAGCGCGACUUCUGGUUGAUGAUAGUGAAGAAGAUAGUGAUUUCGAAGAUGGAAGUCUGGCUAUUGAGAAUGAUGAAUUCACAUUUGAGGCUCUAUGUGGCGAUGCUACUUUCUCCCUAGACGAAAGUGACAUUACUGAUUCAAAUGUGGGAAGCUGGGGCUUAUUGAAUGGUCAAAUGUUGGCACGAAUAUUCCACUGUUUGAGAUCAGAUUUGAAGUCCCUUGUCUUUGCAUCAAUGACUUGCAAGCACUGGAGAGCUUCUGUAAGGUUUUACAAAGAAGUCUCGAGACAAGUCAAUUUGUCAUCCUUGGGUCAUUCUUGCACUGAUUCCAUAAUGUGGAACAUUGUGAAUGCUUAUGAGAAAGACAAGAUCAAAUCGAUGACUCUGAUUGGUUGCACCAAUAUUACUGCUGACAUGCUUGAGAAAAUUCUUCUUUCAUUUCCUGGUUUAUGUAAAGUAGACAUUAGAGGGUGCAGCCAGUUUGCAGAGCUGACUCCUAAAUUUACCAAUGUGAAAUGGAUUAAGAGCCGAAGUUCAUGCAUGACCAAAAUUGCAGAGGAGCCACAUAAAAUCAGAAGCCUUAAACAGAUUACUGAGCAAACUUCAUCUGUUUCCAAGGCCAGCAGUUUAGCUAUUAGGGAUGAUUUUGGUGAGCUGAAGGAUUAUUUUGAUAGUGUGGAUAAGAGAGACACAGCAAAGCAAUUAUUCCGUCGAAACUUAUACAAGAGGUCAAAAUUAUAUGAUGCUAGAAAGUCCUCUUCUAUUCUAUCUAGGGAUGCACGUACAAGACGAUGGUCAAUUAAGAAAUCUGAGAGUGGUUUCAAGAGGAUGGAGGAAUUUCUUGUUUCUAGACUGAAGGAAAUUAUGAAAGCAAACUCCUGUGAAUUUUUUGUGCCUAAGGUUGCAGAAAUUGAAGCUAAAAUGAAAACUGGUUAUUACACUGGGCAUGGGUUGAGCUCUUUCAAGGAGGACAUCAGUAGAAUGUGCCGUGAUGCAAUAAAAGCAAAGAAUCGGGUUGAUGCUAGUGAUAUGAAUCAUGUCAUUACUUUAUUUAUUCAGCUUGCAACACAGUUGGAGGAGAGUUCUAAAUAUGUGAAUGACAGAGAUGCACUAUUGAAGUUAUGGGGAAAUGAAUCACCGUCCGCAUUCUUUUCUACUUCCUCUAAGUGCAAGAAGAAUAGAUUGGUGACUGAGAGGAAGUAUAGGAGUAAUGAAACACAUGGUGGUUUGGAUAAUGGAGAGUAUGCUUCUGAUAGAGAAAUUAGGAGGCGUUUAUCAAAGUUGAAUAAGAAAUCUAUGGACUCUCAGAGUGAGACAUCUGAUGAUAACCUGGAUUGGUCUUCUGAAGAUGGAAAGACUGAUGGUGAUUCUACAACCUCUGACACUGAAAGUGACCCAGAAAAUCAAAUUAGGGAGUCAAGAAGAGAUGGAUACUUUACACGCAAUGAUGGGUUGGAUUUCAUUAAUGAUGAGCGUGAAUGGGGAGCUCGCAUGACGAAAGCAAGUCUGGUUCCACCUGUUACUCGGAAAUAUGAUGUCAUUGAUCAAUAUAUCAUUGUAGCAGAUGAGGAGGAUGUACGAAGGAAGAUGCGGGUAUCAUUACCAGAUGACUAUGCAGAGAAGUUGAGUGCACAAAAGAAUGGCACUGAGGAGUCUGAUAUGGAGCUGCCUGAAGUCAAGGAUUACAAACCUAGAAAGCAGCUUGGAAAUGAGGUUAUUGAGCAAGAAGUUUAUGGAAUUGAUCCCUUUACACACAAUCUUUUACUUGAUUCUAUGCCAGAGGAGUUAGAUUGGUCUCUACAAGAGAAGCAUUUGUUUAUAGAAGACAUACUCCUACGGACAUUGAAUAAGCAAGUUAGAUAUUUUACUGGAACUGGAAGCACUCCAAUGAGCUAUGCUUUGCAGCCUGUUAUUGAAGAAAUUGAAAGGUGUGCUGAGGAGCACUGUGAUGCAAAGAUGGUGAGAAUGUGUCAAGGUAUCGUAAAAGCCAUGGCCAGUCGUCCGGAUGACAAAUAUGUAGCUUAUAGAAAGGGACUUGGUGUUGUUUGCAACAAGGAAGAAGGCUUUGGUGAAGAUGAUUUUGUUGUGGAGUUUCUGGGAGAGGUGUAUCCUGUGUGGAAGUGGUUCGAGAAACAAGAUGGGAUUCGGUCUCUACAGAAAAGUAGUAAAGAUCCAGCUCCAGAAUUCUAUAACAUCUACCUUGAGAGGCCAAAGGGGGAUGCUGAUGGGUAUGACUUAGUUGUCGUUGAUGCCAUGCAUAAGGCUAACUAUGCCAGUCGAAUAUGUCAUUCAUGCCGACCUAAUUGUGAAGCAAAAGUGACUGCUGUUGAUGGCCAUUAUCAAAUCGGUAUUUAUAGUGUUCGUAAAAUUCAACAUGGUGAGGAGAUCACUUUUGAUUAUAAUUCUGUUACAGAGAGCAAGGAGGAAUAUGAAGCAUCUGUUUGUUUGUGUGGAAGCCAAGUUUGCCGUGGGAGUUAUCUGAAUCUGACUGGUGAAGGGGCUUUCCAAAAGGUACUGAAGGAAUGGCAUGGAAUUCUUGAUCGCCAUUAUUUGAUGCUAGAAGCUUGUGAAUCAAACCUCGUUUCUGAAGAGGACUAUAAUGACCUGGGAAGAGCUGGUUUAGGCAGUUGUUUGCUUGGAGGCCUGCCAGAUUGGCUAGUUGCUUAUGCAGCUCGCCUUGUGAGAUUUGUCAAUUUUGAAAGAACAAAACUUCCUGAGGAAAUUCUAAAGCAUAAUCUGGAAGAAAAAAGAAAAUAUUUUUCAGAUGUAUGUCUUGAAGUUGAGAGGAGUGAUGCAGAGGUUCAGGCUGAGGGUGUAUACAACCAGAGGCUUCAGAAUCUUGCUGUCACUCUUGAUAAGGUAAGGUAUGUCAUGAGAUGUAUUUUUGGUGAUCCACUGAAAGCUCCACCUCCUCUUGAGAAGCUCAGUCCUGAAGCAGUUGUUUCCUUCCUCUGGAAAGGAGAGGAUUCAUUUGUUGGGGAGCUUCUUCAGUGCCUGGCUCCUCAUGUGGAAGAGUCUACCCUGAAUGAUCUCAAGUCCAAAAUUCAUGCUCGUGAUCCUUCAAGUUCUGGGGAUAUACGAAAAGAGGUUCAGAAAUCUCUAUUGUGGUUGAGGGAUGAGGUUCGAAAUCUUCCUUGUACAUACAAAUGUCGGCAUGAUGCUGCUGCUGACUUGAUCCAUAUUUAUGCUUAUACCAAAUACUUCUUUAGGAUACGGGAUUAUCAAACUACUACUUCACCGCCUGUCUAUAUUAGUCCGCUUGACUUAGGUCCGAAGUACACUGACAAGUUGGGAACAGGAUUUCAGGAGUACCGGAAGAUAUAUGGUGAUAAUUAUUGUUUAGGGCAGCUAAUUUUUUGGCAUAAUCAGAGUAAUGCAGAACCAGAUUGUACCCUGGCUAGAGUCAGCAGGGGAUGCUUGUCAUUACCAGACAUCAGUUCCUUUUACGCCAAGGUUCAGAAGCCUUCUCGACAUCGUGUUUAUGGUCCAAGGACUGUCAGAUCCAUGCUGGCAAGAAUGGAGAAGCAGCCCCAGAGACCUUGGCCUAAAGAUCGGAUAUGGUCAUUCAAAAGUUCUCCGAAAAUUUUUGGCAGCCCAAUGUUAGACGCUGUAAUUAAUAACUCUCCGCUGGACAAGGAGAUGGUUCAUUGGUUGAGGCACAGACCUGCCAUAUUCCAGGCCAUGUGGGACCAGUGAAAUUUUGCAUGGUUUGGGGAACCCUGGUGAAACACUCAUUAGAGAUUAAGAAGUGGUUCAUCAUUCAGAACUGCCUGCCUCUUUUAGCGUGGGGAGUCUGUAAUUAUUAGUGCAAAGCAUAGUUCCUUUUUCCUCCUUUUUCGUUAUUCUUGUGUACAGUUUUCUUGACCUUUGAUUUGUAAUUCAUUUGGUCGUAGGGCAUUAUUUACUCUCUAUCUAAUAUCUAAUGAAAUCAAGGAAGAAAAAAGGUUUAA